AUGGCUCAGUCACAGCCACCGCCUUCGCGACCUCCUCUUCCUCAAUCGCAGGCUUCUUUCCAGCGAGACUUCCCAGUACCUAAUGGCCGACCAAACUCACUUGGACCUCAGUCCCCGCCUAUGGCUCUGAACUAUUCGUCACCUUCACCUCAACAGUUCUCGCCUCAGCAAUACACUCAGCCGCCAGCUGCGAAAAGACCGAGACUGUCUCCUGACGUCCAAUCUCCAUUCCCGAUGCAGAGUUAUCCCUCGACGCCGAACGCGCAGCCGAUGACACCAACCGCGAAUGCGCCGAUCAUCAAUGGCCCUACACCUCCUGCUCCCCGGACAGGCUUGAUGCCACCUCCCCAGCGACCGAGUGAUAAAGCAGAAGACCGGAACUACGAAGAUAUAUUGUCGGGUACGGGAAUCAACAUCGAAGAGGAAGCCAGAAUGUUAGUCAGGCCGGACUAUUAUGGGGGCUCUACGCCACAAACCCCGCUGCAGUCGCAGAGCGCGAAUUUUGACUAUCAAAACAAUUCGUUCUCUCGGCCUGGGUCAAGUGGAGGAACCCCAAAUGUGCAGAGAGAUCAGAUCGAUGGUCCGAGUCAACCUCAAGAAUACCAACCGACCGCGGAGGAAAGUAAACAAAGAGAGGAGGCACGUGCGGACUGGGAAGCAUCUAGGCAUAGCCAACACCCGCUCUGGGAUUUGUUUCUGCUGGGCGGAGCGCUGAACGAGAGAAUUCGAAAUAUCAGCAUCACGGAACAUCUGAUUGAUCCGCAGUCUGGUGUACUGGUGAACACGCAGAAGCAUGCGCCGCCACCUACGGUCCGAGUCAAUGGCCUGGAAGGGGCUUCUCGCGUCAUUGACAGGGGGCAAGCCAUUCUCGAUACCGGUCAGAAGGGUGAAAGACUCUCGGACAUCAUGAAAGUCAUCAGUCUGGCUACAAAGGCGCGCAUGACCGGCCUGGUCAACGCAGCGGCGAGAAUGGCACAGGAGCGGCAACAACAUUCGAAAGGAAAAGUCCCUGAUGGAUGGCAAGACAUUGCCGUCGUUAGCAAACCCGCGAUUGAUGCGCCUGAGGGGGCGUCCAGUCCGUCUGGCGGCUCCAGUCUAAAGCGUACUCACUCGCAAGCAAACAGCGAGUCGACGCCUGGUGAGGGAGGACCUGCACCGGUGGUAUCUUUUCUGGACAAGGUUUCGCACUUGGAGCGCUCGACUGAGGGGGCUCGGCGACAGAAACGUGCAAAACGACGUGCAUCUGCACAAGCGGAAGCGACGCCAGGAGGCGAUCCCACACCAGACGCAAAUCUGGUAGCUGCCCUCGAAUCGGAAAAGAAGACGACGAAGAAAGAGAGGAAAUUGGCAGAGUCGAAAUUCUCCGAACAGCAGCAACACAAAUCUGCGAACGAGGCAGCCCGGAUGGCGGUGUCCAGCAUGCUUGGAAGUCGGUUUGGAAACAAGAAGUCGAGAACAUACGACUGGAUGAAUGCAGGUAAAGGCGGAGCAGCAAGUCCGGCAGGGACUUCGGGGCGGCCUGCGGCAUCAGGUUCAACAUCAGUUGCUGGCACUCCUGCGCCAGACCGUACGCGGGCAGUCUCCAAGGAGACCCGGUUCGGUCAUUGGGACGAGGACAAAGAGGUGAAAAUUCAGCCUCGGGAUGUGUUGCUUGUGCUGGAAAGCGAUGCUCGAUCCUCGCGGACUUAUGUGCGAGGGACUAGCUCAGCAGGAAAUUGA